CUUAUAUAGUGAUUUUCUAUUUUCAUGUGGACUAAAGUAGUGGACUGACCAACAGACUGACAUUAACAUCAGAGCCGUGCUGCUAGUGUGGCUAAAAGAAAAGAGAAGAAGAGACAGUCAUGUUGAUAUGAACAUUAGAGAAACACAUCAUGGAGCUGAAAUAUGAUCCUGCUUCCUCAUUUGGACUCAUUCACCUCAGCUGACACAUUCAACAGCAGACAGGUUUUUGUAGCAGUCUGUCUCACUGUGGGAGGAAGAUACUACUUCAUCUUUGGCUCUGGAACUAAACUGUCUGUAACAGAUGAGCAGGUAGUGAAGCCCGUGGUGAGCGUGUACCCAGCAACAUCCAGAGCCCACCUGGAGGGGAACAGCUCCCUGCUGUGUGUGGCCUCAGCCAUGUUUCCUCCUCUGGUCCAGUUCUCCUGGAAAAGACAGAAGAAGAACGGCGGAGAAGCGGAGGAGCUGCCCCCUGCUGAGGGAGAGCAGCUGGAGCUCAGAGAGUCGGGACGCACCAUUGCCAUCAGGAUGGUUGAUGGGAGUGAUUCUGACACAUAUAAAUACAGCUGCUGGGUGAAGCACGAGGGGGGCACAGUGGAGGCCCAAACACAACAAGAGGUUCCAGCUCCAGCAGCCUCCUGUCCUCCAGAGAGAGAGCCAGCAGACCUGCCAGCUCUGCAGCCAGCUGACUUGUCCUUCCAGUCUCAGUGCAGGGUGAAGCUGCUCUGCCUGCUGUACACAGUGCUGAUAGUGAAGAGUCUGGUGUACUGCUGUGGACUCUCUCUGCUGAUGAUCCUCACAAACAAGGGAGCGUCCACCAACUGCACACAUGCUGACUGACUGUUUUCUGCUCGCCUUUUCUCACCAUCAAAUCUCAUCAAUUCA